AUUUCAACUGUCGAUUCUAUCACCAUGAUUUCAUCGGAAGAUUUGUUUUUAAAUAGGGCCAAGUUUGUGAUGAAGCACUUAGGUGUUUGGAUCCCGGCAGAGAAUGGGUCAAUUCUCGACAGAGCAUACAGGGCUUUUAUGAUGACUUUACAGUAUUUAUUCCUGAUUUUCCAAAUGAUUUACAUAGUCCAAGUUUGGGGGGACUUGGAUGCAGUUUCCCAAGCUUCUUACUUGCUCUUCACUCAGGCAUGCCUUUGCUUAAAAGUGACUAUUUUUCAAAUCAACAUUGACAUGCUAAAGGAGCUUUUACAGUUUAUGGAUGCAGAGAUUUUCAAACCAGAUAAUGAAGUUCAUGAGAAUAUAUUGAAAUUGCAGGCUGCGCGUAUAAAGCGACUGCUGCUCGCUUUCAUGGUGAGCUCUCAGAUAACCUGCGGCUUGUGGGCUAUGAAGCCAUUGUUCGAUGAUGCUGACAGGAAAUUCCCGUUUGAUAUGUGGAUGCCAGUAAGUCCCGAGAAGGCAGUGCAGUACUAUAUCGGCUACGCCUUCCAGCUGGGCACGAUCUGCAUCAGCGCGUACAUGUACUUCGGCGUGGAUAGCGUCGUGUUCUCCUCCGUCAUCUUCGGCUGCGCUCAGAUAGAUAUCAUUAAGGAGAAGAUUAUGAGUGUGGGUCCUUUGUUCAACAGAAAGCAAGGAACUAAAGAAGCUUUAGCACAAAAUUACAACAAGCUUGUCGAUUGUAUUAAGCAUCACCAAGCUAUCGUUACAUUCACGGAGCUGGUUGAAAAUGCUUAUCAUCCAUAUCUACUGUUUCAACUUGUUGGCAGUGUUGGAAUAAUUUGUAUGUCUGCGCUAAGGAUUUUAGUUGUGGAUUGGCGCAGCAUGCAGUUCUUCUCGAUCCUCACGUACGUGUCGGUGAUGAUCAGCCAACUCUUCGUAUGCUGCUGGUGUGGACAUGAGUUGACUGCGACAAGUGAGGACCUACACACAGUGCUGUACAAGUGCAUCUGGUACGAGCAGGACGUGAAGUUCAAGCGAGAGCUCUGCUUCGCCAUGAUGCGUAUCAGUCGGCCGCUCGUGCUGCGAGCUGGACACUACAUCAUCCUGUCUAGGCAGACUUUUGUUGCUAUACUCCGAAUGUCUUACUCCUACUUCGCAGUGUUGAAUCAGACCACAUAAAAGCACAAUAUGAAUCGCAGCUUCAGAGACGCACACCAUAGGAAUAGUAGACCAGCUAGCAAAUCAGC